AUGUUUUCGUUCUUUGUUCUUGUACUUGGCUCGUCGUUAUUAUUCAACGAGGCUUCAGCUGUCUCUUUCAAAGUAGCUGUUAUCGGAGCGGGUGCGGGAGGAUCUUCUGCGUCAUAUUGGCUCUCACUCGCGAAACAACGUGCCGCUAAGGGAAUAAAUAUAGGUGUCACCGUCUUUGAGCAAGAUAAUCGUAUUGGUGGCCGGAGUGAAGUUGUUUACCCAUAUGGCGACACUUCGUAUCCACCCAUCGAGGUCGGUGCGGCACUUUUUACAGGGGGUAACAAGAACAUGAUCCGAGCCGCCUCUGAAUUUGGGCUAAGCCUGACUUCAUUCGGUAGCCCGACUAAUGGGACGGGGGUCUGGGAUGGGUCCAAUCUCGUCUGGCGAACCACAAACAACAGUACUGCAGACUCGAUUCGUAGCGACCAGCGAUACCAAGAUGGGUCGGCGAAAACGUUAAGACUGAUCAUACCAUACCUGACUUCAUUUGCCAAGUCAUACACACAUUCAUUCCCUAGUUUUGCAACGAUCGCUGAUUAUUCAUCUGCUGUGGGGUAUACCACACUCUCGACCACCACGCUGAAAUCGUACCUCACCCAAGGAUGCCAGUGCGAUCAAUGCCGUGGCUGGCAUGGCAAGUUUGGCCUCUGGGAACUCUUACAGCAUCAAAACGGGCAACUUCAGGAUUUUGAACAGUUCUUGACCCGAAGCGGAGCGUCACUACAGCUUGGAACCAAGGUAGAAUCUAUCAGGAAAAUCGGUUCUAAAUACAUUAUUGAGACAAACAAAGGAGAGGGAGAAUAUGAUGCAGUCAUCGUCGCUGCUCCCCUCCCGCUCACAAAGAUCAAGUUCAUCGGCACCGCGACCAAACCAUCUUCGUUUGCCAAAGUCAACUACGUCCACCUUCAUUCCACGACCCUAACAACUACUAGUCCAUCUUUGCUCCCAACUUACUUUAAAGUUGAUAACUCGUCUAUGUUACCUGGAACUAUUGUGACCACCGGAGAGUAUGGUUCCAGGCCCGAAUUUACCGGACUACGGUACCAGUAUACACUUUUGAGGAAUGGGGUAACGGAGCACGUUGUAAAGAUUUACUCACUGGAGAAAUUGUCGAACGGAAAACUGGAAAAGCUUUUCGGAAAGAACAUGGUUAAGUGGGUACACCGCCAGGAGUGGGAGGCGUAUCCGUAUUUUCCUUCUCGCUCUGACUUCCCUCCCGUCAAGAUUGAUGAAAGGUUAUACUACGUGAAUGCUAUGGAAGCCCUAUUCUCGACGAUGGAAACAGAAAUAAUCUCUUCUCGUAACGUUGUUGAUAUCCUAUCUAAAGAGCUUCUAGGAUCUGGGUUGUGUGGGCCCACAGGAGCUAAAGGUCCUAUAACUCAGACAUACGUUCUUGGUUGGGAUUGUUAG